ACCCUGCUUCCUGUCCUUCAAAGGGACCACCCCCUUCCUUCCUUUCUUUCUUCCUUCCUCCUUUUUUAAUUGCUGGUUUCUCUGCUUUUCUCCUUCCUUCUUGGACCAGCCAAAAGCAGGUCUCCUGAUGGCUCUCUGGAGUCUGCUGCUGGCCACGUGGACCUGUUCCGUGGCCGCCUCCUCGCUGGACUUCCCCCGGCACCGGGCCCGUCCCUCCUCCGGCCGCGGUGGAUGCCACCCGCUGCCCGGGGGCUUGACCUUAUGCCAGGGCGUGGACUACGGCCGGAUGCGUCUGCCCAACCUCUUGGGCCACGAGACCCCCAAGGAGGUGGUGCAGCAGGCGGGGGCCUGGGUGCCGCUCCUGGGCAAGGGCUGCCACCGCGACACCAAGACGUUCCUCUGCUCGCUCUUCGCCCCCGUCUGCCUGGAGGACGUGGAGGAGCCCAUCGUCCCCUGCCGGGCGCUCUGCCGAGGGGUGCAGGAGGGGUGCGCCCCCGUCAUGGCCGCCUUCGGCUUCCCCUGGCCGGAGAUGCUCAACUGCAGCCGCUUCCCCUCCGGGGACGAGGGGCUCUGCGUCCCUCCCCUGCGGCCACAAGCGACAACACCCGCCCUCGGGGAGGAAGCGGACGGAGGCAGAGUUUGCACCGCUUGUCUGAGCAGGGAGAAGGACCUCCUGGAAAGCCUCUGCAGCCAGGACUUUGCUUUAAAGAUGACCAUUGGGUCGAUCUCGGUGUCCGAAGGCGGCCUGGACGUGGUCCCUGAGUUGCGCGGCCAUUCCGUCAUCUUCAAGGGUCCGGGCUGGACGCAAGAAGGGCUCCAAGGGCCCUUUGCUUUGGAGAUGCCGGACAAAGGUCCCUGCUCUUGUCCGGAGCUGGCGGCCGGAGAUGUGGUCCUCGGCGCUGGACACAGAGUGGAUGGCCGGACAGUCCUGUCCUGGGUCCGGCGGUGGCCGAAGGGAGACAAGGACAUGAGGAAGCUCUCCAGGGCCAUCAAGAGGCUGCGCUGCUAGGAACUGACCGACUGACCAACGGACCUCCCUCCCUUCCAGCCACAAGAUUCUUCUUUUAAAGUCCGGCUUUCCUUUUUAUAGUUUGGGAAAACUUUUGGUCCUCCCAGAAGUUCCUAGCCAAUUUCUCUAUUUACAUUUGUGUAUUUGCAAAUUUGGAGAAUAUCUAUAUCUAUAGAUAUAUAUAUCACUAAAAGUAUACAGCUACAUUCUGUGUACUACUGCAAAACUUCUAUAAUAAAUAAAAUUUGUUGUUGUUGUUGUUA